AGUGGGGACAGGUGCUCCGAGAUGAGAGUUUCGGAGGCGGAAACCUGCUGGUUCAGUGGAAGAAAGGUCCCUCCACAUAAAUGUGUCAACUCAUUUGUGCUAUUCUCAUGAAUUGUAGAAGAAGAGAUAUUCGACGAAAGCAACAGGAGAUGAAUCAAACUGUCUGGAGGUGGGAGAUGUGAGGCAGCAGGACAUCUGGCUCGUGCGUAAAAUGGAUACUGCUGCGACCCCUUGAAGGACUGCUGUCACAGUUGUGGUCACUACUGAAGGAGAAGACACUGACCUGUCCUGUGGAUUUAUACCUCGGAACAAUUCAAGGUUACGUUCACUCGGGUUGUUUUAAGUGUCCACAUACUACACUACUGUAGCUCGGGUCUCUCCCUUCAGUCAAAGAUGACAGAUAGGAUCCCGUGGUGGAAGGCAUUCUUGCCAAAAAAGAAAAGCGGAGGCCCUAAGGACACCAGUACACCCUACACCCUCGACCCGGACUAUGAUCCUUUUGCACAGACUGAGAAGCAAAAAGACCCCGCAGCCUCCAAGACCAGCGGCGACCAGUCCCUGUCUCAACAAGAGAGCUCCAGCCUCGCCAGUGAUGACACCUACGACGACUCCCGGCUGGAGUCGGUCUUCAAUGAGCAGACGUGCCGCAGGAACAUGAAGGUGUCACGCUCAGGUCGAUUUAAGGAGAAGCGGAGAGUGCGCUCGAGUCUUCCUCUACAGGAGAAAGAGACUUAGAAUGAGGACAUGUGAUGAUGGAGAGGAGGAGGAGGAGGAGGAGGAGGAAGUGAUCCAAGACUGCUGCUUUAGAAAAAAAGAUGCUUGAAGAAAAGGAGAGGGUGUUGAGUACAUGAAGAUGCUUCAUUCUCUUGUGGCAUACCCAUAGGUCAGUUGAAUGAAAGUUGCGAUGGUGAUGAUGAAGAUGAGACGAUGAUGGAGCAUUUAACUUUUUACCCAAUACUGCAGAAAUGAGGUCAUGAGGUACAUGACAAAUUAAAAAUGUGGACAUUUUUGUUGAUGGACUUUUGUCCGAAGGCCACAGGAACCAAUGAUAAUCCCCUUGAAAUGGAUUAUAUCUGUUCUUCAUGUUGGUUAAUUGAGCCAUUUCGCCAACAAUAUCCCAUAAUCAAAAUCCAAAAGAAGAGAUACAGUUUUAUUGCUGUAAGUACCUAAGGGACCAAUAUGUAGUGUGUACGUGUCCCACAGUGUCCCUGGUUCAGUCACGGAGAGUGCCAUCAUUGGAAAACUGAAAAUGACCUUUAACCUUUUAAGAAAGCCCAAUGAUGAAUCAUGAAUCCAAUUAUCUGUCAAUACUCAAGAUUAGGUGUGAUAUAAGCUCCCAGGAAAUAUUGUUCAUGAGAUGUCUACAUUAUUUCUGUCAUAAGAAUAAUAUUUGUUUUAUGAUGAAGGAUAGUAGUAUAAGUAUAAUGCUCCUUUUACUAAUGUUUUUACAAAACACAUGUUGAUUCUAAAGGGUUAGAAGGAUGUUUAUGAAUGUGUAAAAUUAUUUCAUUAUAUUGUGUGAAAAAAGAAAUGGGUUAGUGGAAGAAAUUAAGAAGUGCUUGUGAGCAGCUUGUAGUUAAGACACACAACACUUGCCAGCAAAACACUUUUCAAAAUACUUUAAAUGAAGGACGAAACCCAGCAUGCUUUGUGUUAUCGUGGGUCCUAUUGUAGUAUGAAGCUGACGAUGUGACUCGCGAUGUUUAGCUAAAUAUGGCCUUGUAGCUAAGGACGCACAAUCCGGAUGUGGUUUGUUUUGCAGGACUAGUGUAUUUUGGACCACCUGUGAACUCCUAAAUGAAGGCAAAAUAUGAGAAAUAAAUAGAAUAACUGCUGAUAACAA